AUAAUUUUAUUCGUUUCGCAAAAGUGAAUUGUACACGUGUGUGUACUCUGUCGCACCCCCUCUAGGUCCCCUUUAAAUGGGACCCUCGGUACCAAGAGGUUUUAACACACCUGUUGUGUCUCCAGGAUGAAGACCAGGACGACGAUGACUCCUCAGACUCAGAUGAUGAUGACGAUGACGACGAUGAUGACGAUAUGGACACUGACCCGCUCAUAGAGGAACUGGCCAAUAACAGCGACCCGGAAAACGGGGAUGGACCAAACGCUCCUACAGACGAAGAGAUUGCAGAUCUUCUGGGCACCGACAGCGACGGAGACUCGGAGGACUCAGAUCCACCGAACCCCAGUGAUCCUGAAUCGUACGGAAGUGGUCCUCAGUCUGACUUUGACUUCCUCCCUCAACAAUCUGAUGAGGAGACUUUAACCCUUCGGGACCUCCGUGACGAAUGGUCGUCCUGACAACGAGGAAUGUUUCUCUUUUUAAACUGGAUUCUGUCGUAAACGUUCUCCGACGAUCACGUCGACAGAAGACGAGUUUCUCUUUAUAUUCUAACUUUUACAGACCGUGGACUGUGAUGAUGAAUAAAUAUUUAACAUCAUUCAGAUGAAAACACUGUUUCAGGAGAAUUAUUCAUCAUGUUCUACCUCCGAUGGAAGCUUUCAUGUUUUUGAUAGAUAGAUAGAUAGAUAGAUAGAUAGAUAGAUAGAUAGAACCUUGUUUAUCCCCUCACUGUUGAGCUCACAGUUGCGUUCACUGACCUACUAAACUUCCAGGAACAGAAACAUCUCUAGUUGAAUGAAUCACUCAGAUUUGAGCCAUAAUGUCCUCUGGACACACUUUGUGGUAAAACGUGGUCUCCUCACUUCUUACAGGUUCACUGAAGCUAUUAUGCAGCUAUCGUUUCAUAGUCAGCUGCUACAAUGUCUUCAACACAGGAUGAAGUUAUGUUUUCUAUAAGAACAGAUUGAUAUUCUUCUUCACUGAACCGUCGAUUGUUUGAACAACAAACAUGAGACUUUACCACGUUUUAAACGUCUUUUUAAAACUGCGUCAAAGAAUCUGCAGCAUAUUGAUGAGGCUGAGUGUUCUCACGAGUUCAUUUAUUAUUAUCAUGUUCCUUGUUGGUGAUUGUUGAUCACUGCUGCUGAACGGAUAGUUGUGAUGUUUCGUUAUCUCUUCAAUAACCACCAGACUGAUGAAACCAGUGAAACUGAAGCGUUGAUGAUGUUCUAACUCAACACAACUAUCCCUUUAAACCAGGUUCAACACGUACUGUGUGGUCAAAAUGACGGCAGAGCUUUGGUUGUGAAUGCACAUUAUGUUUGUGUACAAUCGAACGUCACGCUUGAGAAUAAAAAAUAAUAUUAAAUGAAAAAUAAAUCUGUAUUUCGUGCCAACAGCAGCUUCUCAGAGCCGUAGAGUCCGUUUGCAUAACGGAUCUGUUGUUAAUGAACCAGUUGGAUUGUGAAUGUUCGGUUCUACUUCAGUAAUAAAGAGGUUCUCCGUGUGGCCUCGUCUCUUCAUAGUGAUGCUGCACUGAUGAGUUUCAUCCCCUGGAUGUGAAGCUCUUCUCAUUUCUUUGAGGCAACAGUUUGUUUCCAGCAGAUAAUAAAUCACAAUUUAAGAAACUCUCCGUGAUGAUGGUGAACUUCUCCAGCAGACUGAGCUCAGAGACGCCUCGCUGGAACUCCUUCACUUUAACUCACAAACCUCGUUCCAUUCGUCACUGCUCUCAAGUACCAAGCUGAGGUAUUUGUACUCUUUUUAUAACGUUCAUGUGACCGCUUUAGUUACUUUACUAAUUCAGAUCUUUACACAAAACAAAGAUCUUCUAAUAAAUGUUUAGUUGUGAUGUUAGA